CGGUCGAUUUCGGAUCUCUUGCAAGUGACAACAAACCAUAUAAACAGCAUGGAGGAGGGAAUAAAAGCACUAAAUGAUAAAAGAGAUGAAUUAUUGAAAAUGACAUCAGGUGCUGGAAUAAGUUCAAGCAGUAGUAGCACUUCUAAACGGCAGCAAAGUCAUCAUGUGACAGUAAAACCUUGUAAAGAUGGACUAAUUGAAGUUAUUGUUCGUACAAGUGCAUUGGAUGACGACGAUCAUGAAAAUAACAGAGGUUUUCGCCUUUCGAAAAUGCUCCGUGUACUUGGUGAAGAAGGGCUAAAUGUGAUCAACUGUGUUUCAUCAAGAAUUGGCAGUAAUUUGGUUCACACCAUACAAGCAGAGGUUGACGAUGGGAGAGGCUUUGAUCUAUGUCUACUGCGGCAGACAUUGACGGAUCACUCAUGAAUUAUAAAUUAGUAAAAUUAAUAAAAUCAUUUAUUCGCAUAUUAUAUUGUACUUAUUAUAAUAUAUGAGUAUAUGGCUUAAUUUUCUUGGUGUAAUUAUUUUUUUAAUCUAUUUUAAGAGGCAUUUUAGCAUAUUUUGUAAGGAUGACAAAGACUUGGACGAAUUGAU